CUCACCAAGUUCCCUCACACUGUGAAAGCAGCCUCUACUCUCCAUACAAACCGACUGUCCCCCAUACUGCUGCGCUCGCAUCUCAGGCGCAUUUGAUUCCAUUUGAUUUUUCGCGGUCGCAACCACUCUUGUAAAAGCAGUCAUCAUGCCCAAGGAGACCAAGUCCCGCAAGGCUAAGAAGGACGUUGGCGGCAAGCGCAAGAAGGACCCCAACGCGCCAAAGCGCGGUCUUUCUGCGUACAUGUUCUUCGCCAACGAUAACCGUGACAAGGUCCGUGAGGAGAAUCCGGGCAUCAAGUUCGGUGAGGUCGGCAAGCUGCUUGGUGAGAAGUGGAAGGAGCUCUCAGCCAAGGAGAAGGAGCCGUACGAGAAGAAGGCCAUCGAGGACAAGGAGCGCUAUGAGCGCGAGAAGGCCGAGUAUGCUGCCGCUGCCGACGACGACGACGACGACGAGUAGACGUGUCCACGUCUUCUCCUGGUCACGAACGAAAACAAAAAAGGGCUCCAGUGCUCCCCACGCGCACAUGCUCACAUGCGCGUCCCUAUAUCUUGUUUCUUCAUCAUCGGAUAGCGGAUCGGCUUGGAUUUCCCAUUACUCGAAGCAUUUAUGAAAACUGGGCACGCAAAAACGACUGCUGGGGCGCGCGACCUUCUACUAUUCCCGCUGCUGCUUUCACGAUCUGGGUCGUCAAACCAUCCACGACCCGCUCUUUCUCAAAGGGUAGACACGCGUUUCACAACCAAUUAAUGAUCUGCUUCACGAUUGCUGGUGGAGAUUAUGUACAACUAGUUUAUGCUCAAUCAAAUGAAGAUGCUUUUCGGGUAA